AACGGUCAAAUCCCUUCGACUUCUCCAGCGAGAAAGAGAGAGUGAGAGAAAAAAAAAAGGAGACACGAGAUAGACUGAUGUACGAAGCUCAAGAGACCGGGUCAUUCUGUUGGUUAUUGUUGAGCAGUGAAGUUCGCGGUAAAAAAAAAUCUAAAAUGGAUUCUCUUCGAAGGGCGAGAAGGAGUACGAGCACCGUGCAGGAUAACGAAGCUGGCUUAGUUCACGACAAUGGCGCAGCUUUUUCCGAAACCGCUCGAGUCACGAAGAAGAAAACAUCUAAGCUACAACAAAUGACUAAACAGUUAGAUGAUGAAAAGAUGACUAAUGAGACUCUGAGAUACGAACUUAAAAAAGCGCGGGAGACUAUAAUGUCUUUGCAAACCCGUCUGACGAAGCCCUCGCAAACUUCAUCAGAUAUCGGUAGCGACGAUUUCAAUCAUGAGCUUGGUCCAUCUAGUACACGUAGACCAACGGAAGGUGUCAUAGUCGAAACAGCACAGCGAUCUAAUGUUGGAGCUUCUAUUGAUGAAUCACGUUUCUUGGCAUCAAUGAAUCAAAUGUCAAUAGCAUCAAUAAACAUUCCAGAGUGCAAACCGGCUAAAGACAACGAGGAAAUAACCCGUCAACACUUCGAACAGUGGAAAGAACUCCUUCAAGAUGCUCUUAAGCUGGCUGGAGUGAUUGACGAGAGCACACAAUUUACAAUUUUUAAGUUAAAGGCGGGACAUCGUUUGCUGGAAAUAUUCCGCAACACGAAAUCAGCCAAAAACGAUCCUAAUCUAGAAAUAUGUCCUUUUUCAAAUGCUUUAAGCCGACUAAAUGCAUAUUUUAAUUCCGAUUCCGACAUCAUGCUUCAACGAAGAAGAAUGACAAUGAUGGAACAAGAACCUGGUGAAUCCGAUUUAAAUUUUAUACAUCGCGUUGGCACAACUGCAAGAAUGUGCGAUUUCGGAGAAGGAAAAGAGUUUUCCGAAAUCGUCAGUACAGUGGCAGCACAUGCACGAAACAAAGAGGUUCGAGUAACAGCCCUAGAAAUGCUAGGUAGCGAGGGAAAAUUUACCGACCUUGUUGAUAAGGUGCGAUAGAUUGAGACAAUUAGA